AAUUUCCAGGCCCAAGUCAACCUUGAACACCCUUCCUUUCAGCGAAACCACCUCACUUAGUCCUUGCAUCCACAUUCCACCAUGAUCCAUCCAUCGAGUCAACAAAACCGGCUCUCGGCGGAGCACGUCGAGGUACUAUGUAGCGCCAUCUCGAGCGAGACGGGACGCAAAUUUGAUGUCACCGACAUCGAAGUCCCCUUCGCCGACCUGUGUCUGGACCCCUUCGCGGUGAUGAACGUGCUCGAGACAGUAAGGGAGCGCACCGGGAUCGAACUCCCCGCCUCGCUCUUUCGAGACUGCAGCAGCGUUGCUGAGAUUGCCAACAAGCUUGGAGCUACUACCAUCAGCGCACCAUCUGGCUCGUCGAUCUCUCCCCACGGUGGACUGGUCCAGGCGGCAUUUGCAGAUAUCGGAAAGCUGCUUGGGAAAGUCGAGGACGAAGCUGGAACCAGCAAUUUCUGGUCAGAUGUGCACCCGGCUCAAAUGAGACUCGUCCUUGCCUACGUCAAUGAGUCCUUCGCCCGGCUGGGAUCUCCGCUAAGCGGCAUGGCGCCCAAUACCCCGCUGUCGAUCCCGCCCGGCGUCUUGCCCAAGCACCACCGGGUGCUGCGCGGGGCCAUCUUUGACAUUCUCAAGAUCGGCGGGCUAGUGGAGCGCCGAGGCGAUCGCUACGUCCGCACGAGCACCCCGGUCGACACGACCCCGGCCGAGGUGAUCUACGAGAAGCUGAUUCGGGAGCACCCGUUGCACGCCAACACGCACCGCCUCCUCCACGUCACCGGCUCGCGGUUCGCAGAAUGCCUCUCGGGCGAGGCCGACCCCCUCAAGCUCCUGUUCGGCAAGAGCAAGGACCUGCUGCAGGACUUCUACACAAACGCCCCCAUGUCCGUCGUCGCCUCCGAGCUGCUUGCCGCCCUUCUCAGGACCGUCUUCUCCAAGAUAUCCCGUGAGCAGAACCGCGCAGUUGAGAUACUCGAGGUCGGCGCCGGCCUGGGUGGCACAACCCAGUUCGUCCUCGACAUGCUCGUGGAAGCCGGGAUCCCCUUCAGAUACGUCUUCACCGACAUCUCGGCCUCUUUCUUGUCUGCUGCCAAGGCCAGAUACAAAGACCUCCACCCGGGUAGCAUCGAGUAUCUGGUCCUCGACAUCGAGAAAGAACCGCCCGGUCAUCUUCAAGACCGGUUUGACGCCGUCAUAUCGACCAACUGCAUCCACGCCACCAAAGAUCUUAUCGUCUCCUGUACCAACGCGCGGCGCCUGGUCCGUCCCGGUGGCUUCUUUGCCUUGGUCGAGUUCACCACUCGGCUCUAUUGGCUAGACCUUGUCUUCGGCCUGCUGGACGGAUGGUGGCUCUUUACUGACGAUAGGACCCAUUGCACAACGAAUGAGGCCGUGUGGAAGGCGAAGCUGGCCGCAUCCGGAUUCUCUGACGUUCUGUGGGUGGAGGGCGAAGGGGGCCGAAAACCCAACCCCCAGCUCAUAAUCGGUUGUACGGAAUAAUAGGCGUUAACACGCUGCCUAUCUCGCGAGGGUGGAGUACCUGUAUGUGAACAUAGCAACAUCGUUUGACGCAAUAAAGUGCCUAUAUGCUUGUGGCUAGUCUC